AUGCAGGGCCUGGAGGUCAUCAGUACUCUUCACAAUCUACCAGGGUCCAGCACCACACACUACAAUCCACACGAAAACAACACUACAAACGGUACACGCCCCAAUCUGGAUCUGGAGUUGACCCAGGCCGCCCCUGUGUCCUCACAGACAGGUGAUGGCGGCGACGACAACGCGUCCAACGGACCCAACGGUAGCACGGGAAUGAUGGACUUGGACACUGGAUCCCCUUCUGCCGAGGCUGUCAAAGGAAUCAAAAGAGUCCGGGAAACGCCACAGUGGCCCUCAGAGUCUGCCAUCCUUGUUGCAGUGCGAGUUAGACCUUUCAACGCUUCUGAACAGCUGCGAAUUCCUCAAGCAUCAACCAACAAGUUCAACUUUUCUGCAGAUGCAUCCCUGGCGGGUCUAGGAACAGGGCACGGUCGAGGCGAUGGUUCAGACAGUUUGGGUCACACUGGUUCGAAGGGACAGGGAGGGAUCAGGAAAAUUGUCGAUGUUCUAGACGACAGCGUGUUGGUCUUUGACGCACCAGACGCAGAAAGUAUUUCCAAGUACAAGAGGGCGCUACUCCCUGUCCAGGCCUAUAGACGGUUCAAGGACAUGCGGUAUGCGUUUGAUCGCGUGUUCCACGAGGAUGCUCAGCAGGAGGAGGUCUUUGAGAACACGACACGACACUUGAUCGACGGCGUUUUGAACGGAUACAACGGAACUCUCUUCGCAUAUGGUGCUACCGGAUGUGGCAAGACGCACACAAUCAGCGGCACACUCGAGAAACCAGGAAUCAUUUUUCUCACUAUGCAGGAGCUUUACGAUCGGAUCAAGGAAGUGGAGGAUGAGAAAACCAUCGAAGUUUCAUUGUCGUACCUGGAGGUUUACAACGAAACGAUCCGUGACCUGCUCACUAAGCCUGGCUCAGAGUCUGUCAAGCCAGCUUCCUUGCAUCUUCGGGAGGACUCUGCCAAGAAGAUCUCUAUCGCCGGCCUCUCAGAACAUCAUCCGAAAGGAAUGGAUGAGCUCAUGGAUUUGGUGUUGAUGGGGAAUGAGAACAGGACAAUGUCGCCAACAGAGGCCAAUGCGACGUCGUCGCGUUCACAUGCAGUUCUUCAGAUCAACAUUUGCCAACGACUCAAGACUGCCAACGUGUCCGAGGAUUUUACUAUUGCGACACUUUCCUUGAUCGACUUGGCUGGAAGUGAGCGAGCAUCGGCCACCAAAAACCGAGGAACACGUUUGACUGAAGGAGCGAACAUCAACAAGUCUCUUCUCGCACUUGGCAACUGCAUCAAUGCACUUUGCGAUAACAAACCCAAGGCCCAUAUACCAUAUCGCGACAGCAAGCUCACUCGAUUGCUCAAGUUUUCGUUGGGAGGCAAUUGUAGGACAGUCAUGAUCGCUUGUGUCAGCCCCUCCAACCAACAUUACGAAGAGACACACAACACUCUCAAGUACGCCAAUCGCGCGAAAAACAUCAAGACCAAGGUCACCAAGAACACGCUGAAUGUCGACCGACAUGUUUCCGAGUACGUCCAAGCCAUCUACGAGUUACGGCAGGAGGUGGCAGAGCUCAAGGGCAAGCUGCAGAAUCAAGCUAGAGGCGAGGAGAUUGAGAGGGCGCAACAGAGGCAGGACGCUAUAUCGAAGGAGGUUGAGGAGACAGUUAGGAAGAUGCGCGCGACUUUCCAGACAGCACGGUCUCAGGAGCAGAGCUAUGCACAACUCCAGUCUCGGCAUUUUAUUAUCUCGGCGCGACUUUCUGGGCUCCAACGGUGGCGAGAAGGAUUUCACCUGGCUUCUCAGGCCGCACGACAGCAAUAUGAGCAGUUGGAGAAGGACAUCAAAGCGCAGGACGGUCAAGGCGGUGCGAUGGAUGAUGAUACGGUGGUUGCUCGGGCGAAAAAGUUGAACGAUUCGAUGAACGCAUCCUCCUCUUACAUCAACAUGGUCGACAACCUGAUCCAGGAUCUAAACGACCAAACUAUGAUGCUGACGCGACAAAUGCAGGAACAGGAGGACUCCCUCAAACUCUACGCAGUCUCGAUCCAGACCCUUGAGAAGCGAGGAGGAAUAUCGUCGGCCAGCUUUCCAUACCACCGACUGUACGAACUGGAGAAGAAAUGCCAGGCAUUGGAGUCACAUAACAAAAUUCUCACAACAAAGCUGGAGCUGUCGGAUAUGUCACUGAACGAUCAAUUUUUGGCCACGGAGGACUUUAUGGAGCUGAGCGCCAAGUCUCUUGUCGGGUUGAGGUCGGAGAUCGAGGCGGUUGAACAGGCUGGACUGGCGACGAGGACCCUGAAUGAUAUCUACAUGUCGUCGAUCACGAGCUUCACGGAUAUGACCAAGAGAAUCGGGACGUCUCUCUCACAGAAUCAAGGCUUCUCUGGCUCAGACGCCAAUGACGCUAUGUCUAGUGGUACGAUCGGCCUUGGCGAUUCUAGACUGAUGUCGAUCCUCCCCGAGGUUCCAAGCACACCUGUCAAGCGGCACUCACAGAGCAACGUCCUGCCAAACCUAUCCAUGGAUACCGUUGACACCAACCUCGCCCUAGGAUCCAGCAGUCUCUAUGGAAGCCAGUCACCUAGCAGGAUGUUCCAGGAAAGGAAUCAAUGGGGCAGUCCACAAAAUCCCUUCCAGAGCCCACCUCCAGCCCCCAGCAGGCGCCCCAGUACUCCCCGCAGAAAGUCCAACGCUAUGCCAGGAGUCAUCUUUUCGCCCAAGAGACGUCCGCGCGGAGGACUGCGACAACAUCGAGAUUUUCCUACACCAACAAAACGCAACGUCAACUUUUUGCUCGACGUUGUUGCCGAGGAUGAGGAUAGGUAUUCAACUGGUUGGCGCGAUCCGACACAACCCAUUAUUCGGCCGACUCCCUUCCCUUCUUUAAGCGCUUUGCAAGACGAUUCUCCGACCAGUACCCCACCACCAGCGUCGGGCUCUUCGUCAUCAUCUCUUGGUAGGCUCGGUUUGGGUGGUGGUGCCAAGCGACUCGUGGUCAGCAGCAACGGAACCAACGGGGCCCCCAAUGGGCAAGGAGGAGGAGGAGCAAGGAGGAUGGUUGUCACCAGUAGCACAGUACCCUCCGGUAUCAAGUCGGCCAAGGGAGAGAUGUCAAAAGGCCCGCAAAGACUGAAUCCGUUUGUGACUGGAAAUCACAAUGGCUCGCCACCCAACAUCUUUUCAAGUCCAACCAAACGACUCCGACAAUUGGAUGGGGACAGCAUUGGACAUGGUGGAAAGAAACAGCGUAGCUCACCUAUCCUAUCGCAACAGCCGGCAGUUGUUCUCCACGGAGCCUCGUCCGCCACAGCUGCCCGGAUCGCCCGCCGCCAGAGUAUGAUGCCAGACAAUCGGAAUCCGUUCAAGGUUUCAUCAACAGCAGUAGCAACAUUACCCAACGGCAAGAGUAGCGACUCUAUGAUGACGUCUCCUUCCAACGGCAGUAAAUCGGCUAGUACCAGUCGACAUGCAUCCAAGGUUCACGGCUCGACUGAUGCCGAUUCGUCAGGGCCCUCUGGUCAAGGAUCAAGCCGUAUCCCCAUACCGUCUCCGCCACCACCCGUGAACGGCGCGAAAAAACCUCUUCGUCUGGACAAGAGUGACCUACAAAAGUCGAUUCCCAAGCAACUUUCUGCCGCCCUGGCCUCAGCAAUAUCCACAACAUCCACUGUAUCCAAAAUCUCGGCCUCAACGAAGCGCAGACUCAGUAUGGGUUCCAUUGGGCAAGGGAGCGGCAGCCUUCAUGCGGACGAAGGCAACAAGGCCAACGGAGGCGCUGCGGGUCACAGUUCAGUGGGAAGUGGCAUUGGUGGAGGACCCAUUCGAGAUGCGAGCACACGCCGGAGGAUCCGUGCUCAGUUCACACUCACACCGCCACUCGAUAUCCCACCAUUCCAGCAAUUGGGCAGUAAUGGAGGAACAGGAGGUUCCAGCAGUCUCGGCUACCACUUCGCCCCUGGCGAAUUAGGCGCCCCCGUGAUGCCAGACAAUCAAGGCACGCAACCAGAACCGACGCGAAGCAAGCGGCGUGUGAGCAUGAUGGCAGCCCUACCUCGGACGACCUCCGUUGAUGUUGAACCGGCAGUCGGGGGUGACUCUGCCUCGUCGUCUAUCCCGAUCCCUGUGACAGGAUCCAAUCGACGAAGGUCGCUGGGACCAAUACGACCCAUGAGCAACAACAACAACAGCGGUAACAGCAGCAGCGACUUGCAGGACCCUGAACCAUCAUCUUCCUUUCCUACCACGGCCACGACAGCCUUUCCCUUGUCGUCUUUGUAA